ACAGCAUUCACCUAAUUGUCUGCCACAUAGUGGUCUUUCCAUGAAUAACUGCAGCAAAACAUCAUUUUCAAAAGCUGAGGAGCAAUACUCUGAAAGCCAAACACAUCUUCAAUCUAAAAAAUCUACAAUGGCAGACAUUAACUUACAGAAAUUGAAGGAAGAGAACAAACUGUUGAAAAAUGAGUUGGAAAACUUAAGGUAGAUCUUUUACCUCCACCUAAGAUGAUUGCAAUAUCUACAACUUCUAGAAGAAAAGCAGAAUGGGCCCUAUGAUGAACGACGUGUAACUCUACUGAAGGCUCACAUAUUGCAGCUGGAGAGGCAGGUAGUGCUACUUACAGAGGGACUGAGUUCAAGAGCUGCUCUGAUGAUGGACAUAGAAAAUGCUUUAGAACUUCUAAACAAGCGAUUCAGAUCCUUAUUAAUGUUUGAAAGUCCCACACCUGAAGUUCUAAUUUCACAAGCUGAACUGAUGCAGCUUACUGGAAUGUGUCAAACUCUUCAAAAAAGACUGCAAAGGUGGCAAACGGCAGCAAAUGUUGAAAACCUUUCCAUGAUGUGGCUAAUGUCAGGAAGGAACCUGAUUAACCAACCUGUGAGUCUCCUAGAUCUUUGCUAUGGCAAGACGGAUAACCUGAACCUUCAGUAUGUGUCUGUCCUGGAAACAAAGCUCUGCCGGCUGUACAGACAUCUGAAUGCAAUCAAACAUACACUGAACCUUAUUCUUGUACCUGGCCAAGUAUCUCAUGAUCAAGUUUACCGUAUCCUUCCUGGUGUUUUCUAUGCCAGGUUGCUAAAUCAGGCGGUUACAUGCAACCAAUCACUGGAAGAUUGCUGCAUUGAUCUGCUGACCCUCACACUGAUUAUGCCUUCUGCCCCUUGGGCAAAACUAAAACAUCCAGUCUGCCAGGAAUUCACUGUGGAGAAUAUGCUUUCAGUGCUACCUCCUUUUCUGAAAGGUCCUACUCAACGGCAGGCAAGGAAGGCUGUUGAGGCCUUAGUAAAAGCAGUUAACUACUCCAGGCUAAUGGUUUUGCAACAGGUUAAAGCUCAACAAGCCGAGCUGGAUUUCCACAAAUCCACGUAUGAUAUUCAAAUGAAAUUCAUGGAGACACUUUUGCAAGCAAUUAAGCAGGCAUACCAUGCUUUUCAAGACAAUGUAGCUAAAGUUCUAUGUUUACCACUACAAGAAGUGCUAAUGUCGUAUACAAAUCUACAGGAGAUGACAACCGAAGCAGCACUAACAGAUUUUUUAACAACUUUUAAAAACAAUGCGGAACAAAUGCAGGAUGCAGUGAAUGAUCUGAUGCCAUUCCAAAAUCAGCAUAGUGAUGGUGAUGAGGCUCUAUCCAGAUUUGGGAAAGAAUUCUUCCUUUCCUUGGAAUGCUGUGUCAAAGAUUGUAAAGAACAACGAGAUUCAUUGGCCAGUGAACUUGAAACCUUGAAGGAAGAGUUCAGUCAUGCCCUAGAAACUCUUCACAAUCUGAGAAAAGAGAACAUGGAAAAAAAGACUGAUGGUGGUCAUUCCUCACAAUUUGCUUCAAAGCCACGAAAACCAGAUGGAAAAGUAAAAGUGGAUGGAAAUGCUAGCACACCACAAAAUGAGGCAACAAGACCAGAGCUUAAAACCGAAGCAUUUACCAUUGCAACAGCUUCUUCUCUAAAACUUCGACCUGGGGAACCAAGGAUGUCUAAUGAAAGUAUAACUACCAUUGUAGAAUCACAACAUGAUCUCUCCAAACAGGGUAGCUCUGAAAAAUGCAUCAGUCAAGGUACAGCUAAACCAGUCCAAAAAAGCAAAACUAAAAUGAAACAACAAAGGCCACCUUGGCAGGACUGAGCAAUAGAUCUUCUGUUACUUGGCACACUGGUAUUUUGAAAUUAGUAACAGUUCAUGAGUAGAAAAAUAAAGUCAGAAGCCGAGGGUUAAUGGUUCACAGACAUAGCCACCUGGGCAGCAAAUGUACUAGGGCUUCCACAGGAAAUGGAAUACACUUGAAAAUUUUUUUUUCUGGUGUUAGUCAGUGUUCACAUCUUAAUUUUUUAAUUUUUUUAAAUAAUUUUUGUAUUAAUCUACAGAGGCCACAGGUGUGAAUAAUAGUUUUCCUAUCUUUUAUGGAGAAAUGGUUUACAUUUUGCGUUUAAUGUACCAUGCACAAAAAAGUGUGUGAGCUUUACUUCAUAUCCAUUGUUAACACUUGGAUUCUGACAGACUAUAGAUUAUUGCAAAUAAUAGUGAUCUUGUACUAUUUUACAAAGAUAUAGAUUUUACAAAAACUUUAAAAUCAAUACUUUACAAUACAAUAGAAAAAAUCCAGUUGAAACAACUAAUUUGGUAAUAAAAUCUGCUUUUUUUAGGAAAAUGUAUUCAUAAACAUGUAUUGAUGACAGGGUUUUAGUUUAAAAUUUCCAGAAUAGGAAAUAUUACUUCAGAAUAUGAAACAAUUAUAAUGUUAAGUAGAGAAUCCAGGGAAACUGGACAUAAAUAAAUAUUGUAAAUUGAAGGCUAAUUAUUAUGAAACAUGCAAAAGAUUUUAACAGCAGGCAGACUACUGAUUCUGCAAUGCAUCAGAAAUAGUUGUGGAACGAUGAUUUUCAUUGAAUUGGCCAAUGAGUAGACAGAGGGCAUGCUUGCCUUUCAAGUAAGGAUGGUGAUGGACUCGUGGAGCUGGAGGAUCAUUAAGAAGAAAGAAACAACAGAAUCUCCUUGCAGGCAAGGGAGGUGGAGGCUUCCUCCAACUUGAAGCAUCCUCUCAGCAACUUAAAGCAAAUUGAAUCAAACAAUGGCUCCAGCUCUGGGCCAAUAUGUUGGAGGUAUAGCCUCUCCUCAGGGAUGUGUACAGAUAGGCAAGGGAGGGCCACAAGCCCUACCUUACACCCAAACUUUCAUUGGGAGACCACGAGUGCCUGGCCUUUUCCUGUCACCCCAUGUGAUUCACGUGCCAACUGGAAAAUUUCAGUCAGGCUCAGUUAAUUUUAAUCAUGCCUUACUUGGCUACUGACACUUGUGGAUGAAUAGACCUUCCCUGCACCCUGGCACUCGCCCUCUUUGACUCUGCUAGUGCUGACACACCCACUGGUUUCCAUUUUUUGUCCUUUAAUGGCAAAAAGGCUGUCCUUAGUUACUUAAUUUAAAGUUAUUUAGGAAUACAUGAAGAUUAUGCCAAUAGUGAGAUCAAUGCCACUUAACACUAUUAUGAAAUAAAUUAGUCAACUGUAUUGUCUGCAAUGGUGACCACAAAUGUGCAGUUAAACAUGGAAAUCCAAACGUUUCUGUUAGUAAUCCUGCUCUUUCAAACCCUGUACUGUAAUACCUCAUUGAUAGACUUGGUAUUGAAAUCACUGCAAGGAAGUGAAAUUGCUGUCUUUAACCACUAGUACCAAAAAACACACUAGAAAUGUUAGGGUCAGUCCAUUCAGGUGCAAGUGAAUCCUUAAACAAUGUGAUAAUUUGCAAUCACCGUCAAAGAAACUCCUACAAGUUUAAUUUUGUAAGCAUGGGGACUCAUUUGUUCAGAAAUUGUGUCGUAGAUUUGUUUUUACAUUGUCAAUUCCAUCUGUCUCUUAAUCCUCUUUAUUUUGCUUUCUGACAAAUCUAAAUAGUUGCUUGUUAAUACAAAACGUUGCUAAAAGGAGAGAAGAAACGCAAAUAUUAUGAGUGCAAACUAAAGAGCUUUAACUUCUUGUCUUCUUUUAACAAAUCUAAUUUGUACUUACUGGUUUAUGCAGUUGUUUCAAGUUUCAGAAGUAUACAACGAGGUGUGUGGCAGGUCCUGAAGUAUUUUUUGCUGUCCUCAAAGCUUCUGAUAAAACAAGGACUCCUCGACAUUAUUGCACUACUUGGCUUUCCUCUUGGAAGUGGUCAUAACUGGGAGAGUAUUUAGAGGGCAUGAAGGGCAGGACCAGCUGUUAGUAGAGGGAGGAUGAAAAGAAAAAAAAGCAAGUAUUUUCAGCCCAAAGAGAGGCCAAUCAACCGAUUAAGCCUAUGCCAGUUCCACAAGGAGCAAUCCACUCAGUCCCACUCCCCAACUUAAUGCCAUAUGCCUGAAAAUUUACUUCAUUAAAUGCCUGUCAAAUUUCCUUCUGAAAUCAUUUUUCACUUCUGCAAUCCUCAUGGGCAGGGAGUUUCAGGUCAUUAACACUCACUGCAAAAAACUUUUUUCUUCAUGUUGCCCCUGCGCCUUUUAUUUGAAGUUAUUCUUUCACAGGAUGUGGGCACUGCUGACUGGGUGCACCUCUACGUGUACUUGAGAAGGUGCUGGUGAGCCACCUUGAGUGGCUGCAGUCCAUGGAAGUAGGUCCACCCACAGUGCUGUCAGGAAAGGAGUUUCAGAUUUUUGACUCAAUUACAGUGAAUCAACAGAGAUAUAGUUCCAAGUUAGGACGAUGUGUGGCUUAGAGGGGAAUUUCAUUUGCUGACUUUGUCCUUCUAGUUGGUAUUGUUCCUAGGUUUGGAAGGUAUGGUUGAAGGAACCUUGGUGGAUGUUACAAUGCUGUGCAUUGGUGGCGAAGGAAGUGAAUGCUGAAGGUGGUGGAUGGGGUGCCAAUGAAGUGGACUGCUUUUUCCUGGAUGUCAAGUUUCUUGAGUGUUGUUGGAACAGCACUCAACCAGAAAGUAAAAACAACGGACAUGCACUUUAAUUAGGAGUGUGUGACGAAUGUAGGAUGACAGCCAGAUCCCGCAUGAGUGAAAUUAGAAAACACAUUUACAUACAAAGUGUGGAAGAAGGUUAGAAUUCUCUUCCACAAACUAUAAUUGAUGGUUAACAUUAAAACUGAGAUUGAUAGUUUUUAACUAAAUUUUUAAGGGAUAUGUGGCUUAAAUGGGCAUCAGAAUUAGGUUUCCUAUCUCAUUGAAUGGCAAAACACAACCUGAAAUCUGAAUCAUCUAUUCCUAUUCCCAUUUAUCCUGUAGAGGCUUCAUGCUGAAUUAACUGUCCACAUGGCUCAGUAAGCCUACAAGUAUCCAUGGGCAGCUCUCAGUGUAGUGCCAUUUCUUCAUCACCCUGAUCUUAAAAUCCUGACUAGAGGUAGAAACUGUAAAAUUUGAAUAUCACUGCAAUAACAUCAGAUAAAUUUCUCAUGAUAGCCAAUUGCAUUCUAAAACAUUUCAAAAUAAAACAAUAAACUCUAAAGAAUUGGAAAGUUCUAAACACCCUCACAAAGAUUUUUCUAUUUCCUUGUAUUUGAUUUAUAAGUAAAUUGUUUUAUGCUGCAGUUGUUUUAAGAAAUGGUGCAUUGCAAAAGGAAUCUCUCUCAUGUCAU